AUAACCAUGAAGCAAAUUUACAAGAUUUGUUUGACUGUUUUGAUCAGUUUGUAGAAAGUUUAAAAAACAAAUAUACAAUUCUUAAUAAACUUCCUACUGAUUCUUAUCCAAUUAAAUAUGAUAUUAAAUGGGGUAAACCUGUUGAUGGAGAAGAAUAUUAUGAUGAUAUUGGAACCUUAAAACUAUCUGAUAAAGUUUGUACUUGGAUUGCAGAAAGACUUAGAGACGGUUUAAAUAUUAAAGGUAUAAAUCAAAUUUUUAAAAAAAAAUCACAGGAAAUGGAUAAUAUCUGGACUAAUCGUAAUCAAGAAACUGCAGUACUUAUUAAAGAUUUUCUUGUAAUACAAGAUGACAUUUAUAAUAUAUGGAAAGAUGUUGCAUUAGAAGAACAAAUUAAACAUAAAUCAGAACAACAAA